UACGUCGGACUUGUUGCUCUCUUCAUAAUUUUCGUAUUAUUGCUCCUUAGACGAACAUUUCUACCACGGCUUGUUUCUAGCAAGAUGUACAAAAAGUAUUUCGCAGCUUUGAUUAAUAAGUGGGGAGCAGUACCCAGGCCAAAAAAUAGCACACGACAAAAACUUAUUACUCAGCUAAACGAGAUKCUCUCUGAAAGUGAUGGUGGCGAUGUUUUGGAGAUUGGCGUAGCUUCUGGAMGAAAUCUGGCAUAUAUGAAUCUUCCUGAAGGAUCAUCCUACAUUGCACUGGACUACAACCCUGAGAUGGAGCAUUAUUUGCGAGAAAACUUAAAGAAAUAUCCAAACAACAACAUUCCUCUAAAACAAUUCAUCGCUGAAGAUGCUGCGAACAUGCAAAGCAUCAAGGACAAUUCAGUGGCUGCUGUCCUUGGUGCACAGAUAUUGUGCUCUUUAGAGGGCGAGAAAGUAAAUCAAGUCUUAAAAGAAAUUAAACGAGUGCUAAAACCAGGUGGAUAUUACUUCUUCUUGGAACAUGUCAUAGAUGAUCCUAACACUAUGAGGAGGGCAUUCGAGAUUUUGUCUGCUUUCCUUGGAUUACCUGUGUUGCUGGAUGGUUGCCGAAUGGAUAAGGAGACUUGGAAGGAUAUAGAAAGAGCUGGUUUCCAAAAUGUCACAUAUCAAAAACGWCUUGAGCCAAGAUUCUUUUCUUGGUCUUACCCAGGCUUAUCACUCAUUGUUUACCUCACAAGAGUCAAAAUUUAUGGGUAUGCACUAAAAUAGCAACUUCAAAUAUCUUAGUAUGCAGAAAAUUGUGAUUGUUUCAUCAUAAGCCAUCCCUAUUMUUAAUUGCUUAUGAUACCUACCCACACUAGAGCUAUUACAUGGUAGUUUUAUGCUAAGUAUUCUUAGUACUUAUUUUUAAGAAUAUUGGUAUCUAAUCUAACAUACAAUACAGUCAGUUCACUGUAAGGGCUAGGAAAUCACAUGGGGUUUGGGCCCGGUCCCAUAUAUUUGCUAUACGGGGACGUGCCGCUGGCCAGGGUAUGGUUUUUGGCCUUGCUGUCUUDAAHAGGG